GACAUCACAACUGCUUCAUUUUAACUCAUGGAAACUGUUAUUGCCCAUGUUCGUGAAGGGAAUCUUCACGAAGUAAAAUUAUGGCUAGAUGAUAUAGAAAAUGAUGUAAAUCAAGGAGAUGAACAUCGGUUCAGUCUGUUGCAUUGGGCCGCACGUGAAGGCCAAAGGAAUAUAGUUGAUUUAUUAGUUAUUCGUGGAGCUCGAAUUAACGCUACAAAUAUGGGUGAUGACACAGCCCUACAUUUAGCUGCAGCUCAUGGACAUUUUGAUGUUGUACACUAUUUGCUUAAUUCUCAUCGACUGUAUGUAGACUCUGCAAAUGAGCAUGGUAAUACGGCUUUACAUUACGCCUGUUUUUGGAACCAUUUGGAAAUCGCUGAGUAUUUAAUCAAAAAUGGAGCCUCUCUUAUGCAAGAGAAUAAAUAUGGCGAAACUCCAUUAGAAUUGAUUCGUCCUCGUGCAGCUGCUUUGAUUGCUCCCUUAGCUCAAGCUUUAGGACAUGAUUUGUCACACCGUCGACCUUUUCGUGAUACAAGUUGGAUCGGUACAAAAACAAGAGCACGUGAUGCUACUCUUUAUCGUCUUGAAGGUGAAUCUUGGGACCCUCGAGAAGUUGAACUAACUGGAGCUUUGGCUGAUGGUCAUGGUGCUGAGGUAUUGAAAGGAUCGUUUAGACGAUGUCCCGUAGUUGUAAAGAUGUUAAAACUGCGAAAUUGUUCAACUCGGCAGGCACGUGAUUUUAAAGAUGAAUUCCCAAAACUUCGUAUCUUCAAUCAUCCUAAUAUACUACCAGUGUUGGCUAUCUUCACAGCAACACCACGUCUUUGUCUUGUUAGUGAUUUUAUGCAAUAUGGAAGUCUUUUUGAUGUUCUACAUCAACCAGGCGAAGUCAAUAUGAAUGGUGUGACUGAGAUAAGUCAUCGACAAGCUUUACGAUUCGCAGUGGAUAUUGCCAAAGGCAUGGAGUUUCUACAUUCACCAGAGUUAAAAGUGUCGAAUUUUCGAUUAAACUCAAAACAUGUAAUGGUAGAUGAAGAUAUUGCCAAAAUUGGUGUUUGGGAUACUGAUGUUGCCGCACAUGGACAGAAUAUGCAGUCUUCACCUACAGCUGAUGAAUCUUUGAUUGCUCGUUUGGACAUGGCAGAUUAUAAGUUUUCAUUUCAUGAAAAAGCUCGAGAAUACAAUCCCGCUUGGAUGUCUCCUGAAUCUUUACAAAAGAAGGCUAGUGAAAUCAAUCUUGAAGCUUCGGAUAUGUGGAGCUUUGGAAUUAUACUCUGGGAAUUAGCAACUCGAAUGAUUCCGUUUGAUGGAAUGAAUCCUAUGGUUAUUGGAAUGAAGAUUACCACAGAAAAUUUUCGUCUUCCAAUUCCAUCGAAUUUAGACAAUCGAAUUGUUCGUUUAUUCGACUUGUGUACAAAAGAUGAUCCUGGUAAACGUCCAAGAUUCGACAUUCAACUAAUUCAACUACUAGAUAAAAUGCGUGAACGUGCUGGUCAAUAGCAAAAAACGAUUUCUUUUCAUGACACAUAUUGUUUCGGAUAAAUUAUAAAUGAUUAACUGCAUUGUUCAAGCUUUUCACAAUGGUUUAUAUUAUGCCUCUUCCUUUUGAUACGUGCUUCCAAACAGCUUUUACUGUGUGAACACAUACACAAAGACAGACAUGAAGGAACAAUUUUUAUAGGUAAUAUAUACACCUUUACUUUUUAUGUUCCUUCUCUUCUUAUCAUCCUCCUCAAAAUACGUGCUUUUCUGGUUUACCUAUUGCUAACGUUUCCCUCGAUUCAAUAUAUACUACCUUUAAGUGGUGAAAGUUUUUUAGUCUUUCUGCGAAAAUAUAAUUAUCUAUUAUCAUUAUUAUGUAUUUUACUUUUAUUGGACGCUAUGUGCUUUUUCUCUGCUUUCUUGUUUUUUCUGUGAAGACUUAAGCAGUAGUAGUAGUAGUAGUAGUAGUGCUCUCGAGUUUUUGUUUUGUACGCUGUUUUUCUUUAUGCACACUGGGUUUUUAUCUUUUUUAUAUUACUGCUGUUACUAUUUUUUCUUCCAAAACAAUAUUAUUUUCGUGACAUACGAGAUACAUUUGACAUAUAUAUAUAUAUAUAUAUAUAUAUAUAUAUAUAUAUAUAUAUAUAUAUAUAUAUAUAUAAUAAGCAUGCUUUAAUUAGGUGAAUGUGUACACAUUGCCUGCACUCAGUUAUGUAUUUUACUUGAGCCUACGCAAUUAUUAUUGUUAUGGUCGUAAUUAUCUUUCUUAUUAUUACUGCUAAGAUUUGUGAUACUCUAUUCAUAAGAAUGGUAAAUGCAAACGCGUAUGGUGUAUGUCGCUUCUGUAUUUGUUUUCUCAUACUAUGCAGUAAAAAAAGAGUUAUAACACUUGCUUAUUUGCUGAACUGGUUGUGUAUCGGAGUAGAUUUCCUUUGAUAAUUAUAAGCUUAUUAUUUAACUUGA